UUGAAUCGAGACUAAAAAGGCGCGAAAGUUCUCAAGUAGUAAUGUGAUAGAACUCCGAACUCGUUAAUCAGAGCAGAUAUUCGUUGUUGAAGGAUUGUGAAUCUUUUAAUAAUGGGUAGAAAGAAAUCAGAGAAAGGCAAGGAAAAGAAACUCAAACACAAAGAGGAACAAAAGAAAGUUGCUGAAGGGCAAGCACUCAGUGAUGCUGCAAAUCAGAAAGCUGAUCAUCUUGAAGAACUUGUCCCUGCUUUCAGGACAUUCACUCGAAAUGGACUUUGCAUUAAGCUGGAAUGCAAGAAAGCAUCAGCCUCAAGUGAAGAAGAAAAGAAUGUUUGUUUUGAUUUAACAAAGAGGAACAUGCAUGAGUUAUAUGAGAAAAGCAGUUGGGGCUGGAAGGACAAAGAUAAAUAUGCUGAGAUAACUGAUGACAAAGCCUGGUAUAUUAUUGCCAAAGAUGCUGAAGGAAAAAUAGUUGGCAUUUCUCAUUUUAGAUUUGACCUGGAUUUUGAUGACCCUGUUCUUUAUUGCUAUGAAAUUCAAUUAGAGGAACAAGUCAGAGGAAAAGGACUUGGUAAAUUCAUGUUACAAAUACUGGAGCUCAUGGGAUUCAGGGCUAAGAUGAGCAAAGUCAUGGUCACUGUUUUUAAGGACAAUAAAGAGGCUGUUAACUUCUUCAAUAAUCUGAAAUAUGUGGUAGAUGAGACAUCACCCAGAUAUUAUGACCCAAUGCAUCCAGAUGACUACGACUAUGAAAUACUAUCAAAAUCACUGAUUCGAAAGACAGCUCAGCAAUAGAAGAAGGAUUUUCCAGAUUGAUUUCAGUUCUCUUAAAUUUUCUUUUACUUCUUAUUUAACAAGUCAUAAACUGCUUGUUAACAAUGUGGGUGCUCAAGAAACCAAGAAAUCAGAUCCUGAAAAUCGAGUUGCAGCUUCACUUGCUGAUAGCAGUGGUGGAACUUUGUCAUUUCAUUUAUUUCUUUUGAGUUUGUAUCAACAGAAAGAAGAAUUGAAAAUUGGUGGAAUAGUGUUUUAUGUACAGGCGUGCAUUUUUAUAUUGAUGUCUAAAAUAUUUUAUUUGUAAAAAUGUUGUCUACCUCAUAACCAUUGAAAUGCAAAGUUGUAUUUGCUGUAAAAAUCUGAAAAAGAGAUACAGAAGGAAUGA